GCCGCCCUCCUCCUCGUGCUUGAAGCGCCUUGCUCCUUGCUCCUCCGUGCACUUCUUUCUCUGCCUAGACGCUGGUCACGGCUAUGAGUUCCCAGAAAGGCAACGUGGCUCGUUCCAGACCUCAGAAGUACCAGAAUACAUUUUCCUUCAAAAAUGACAAGUUUGAUAAGAGUGUUCAGACCAAGAAAAUUAACGCAAAAUUUCAUGAUGGAGUAUGUCAGCGGUGCAAAGAAGUUCUUGAAUGGCGUGUAAAAUACAGCAAAUACAAACCAUUGUCAAAACCUAAAAAAUGAUACAUUUAUUUAAAAAGAAAAGCAUAGAGUGGCUCCCAGCUGCAGAUGACUUCCAUAAACAAAAUUGGUGACAUUAUAAAAAUGAAUGAAUCAUCAAGCUUUUCCUGAAGAGAGAGCAAGGACCUGUGGAGUGAAUAAUACAGUACUGAGGAGUCACUGUGAGAGAUCAGGAAGACAAGACGUGGACUUAGUUGGAUUUGCAUUUGAAUCUCAACUCCCUGUGCUUUACUUCUUUGUCUAGAGCAAACAUCUAAUCCUUCUGGGCCCUAGAAUUUAGAAACAAUAAUUAAAAACAAAAAACAGCUAAUUUUUGGCCUUCUUGAAAAAACACUGCUUAAUAAAAGGAACAGAAUCAUUAAACUAUUCAUAUUUUCAGGUACCUUGAAAAAAGUAUCAACAACUAAGUUUUAAGUUCAAAAGAAGGUAUCAAGAUUCCUUGCUCCUGCUUAAGGAAUUAUAAAUUGUGGCAUAAAAUCCCUUUUCCUUAUCUCUUCCUACUUAAUUACAUUGAAUAAAUUCUUGUUCAUUUAAAA